GCGUCAGCUGCCGCAGCAGGAACGCACGUGCUUCUCCGCGCAUUUCAAGAUCAAGAUGGCAGCCUCCGUCUGGCGGUGCUACGAGCUGAUUGGCAGAAAUGCCUUGGCUCUCAGCUCCCGGUCUCUGGUCUCCUCAGUGUGGAGGGGAGAUCAUUACAGGUUACACAGGAGCCCAGCUGCAGCUCUGCAGGUGCGAUAUGCUUCAGGGCGUAAAGGUUUCCUGGGAGAGUUUGUUGAUAACCUUCGUCAGGAGUUCAGUAAGAAUCAGGAGAUGAAGGAAAACAUAAAGAAGUUCAGAGAAGAGGCCAAAAGGCUCGAGGAGUCCGAUGCCCUUCAGCAGGCCCGCAGAAAAUAUAAAUCAAUAGAGGCAGAAACAGUGAAGACAUCAGAGGUGUUCAGGAAGACUUUCGGCUCUCUAUCAGAGACUGUUAAAGAGAGUCUCGAGGAGGUGAGUCGUAGUGACAUUGGAAAGAAGAUCAAAGAAGGUGUGGAGGAGGCCACCAAGACAGCCAGGGGCUCUGCUGAGUCUUUCUCCAAAGGAGGAGAAAAACUGGGCCGGACCAGCGCAUUCAAGGCCAUCUCACAGAGUGUAGAAUCCAUGAAGAAGGAGAUAGAUGUUGGUGAUGCCGGUCCUUACAGGGCUCCUUCUCAGCUCAGGAAGAGGAGCGAUUUCUCAUCUAAAAGUGCAGAUGACAGCAGCAGAGUGUUUGAGGCCAAUGAAGAGGCCAUGGGUGUUGUCCUUCACAAGGAUUCAAAAUGGUACCAGCAGUGGAAGGACUUCAAGGACAACAAUGUAGUUUUUAACAGAUUCUUCGAGAUGAAGAUGAAAUACGAUGAAAGUGACAAUGCCGUCAUCAGAGCAUCCCGAGCGCUAACUGACAGAGUCACUGACUUCCUCGGUGGUCUUUUCUCUAAGACAGAAAUGUCCGAGGUGCUGACAGAGAUCCUGAAGGCAGACCCCGGCUUUGACAAAGACUCUUUCCUCAGACAGUGUGAGAAAGACAUCAUUCCCAACAUACUGGAGGCUAUGAUCCACGGCGAGCUGGACAUAUUAAAGGACUGGUGCUAUGAAGCUACCUACAGUCAGCUUGCACACCCCAUCCAGCAGGCUCGAGCUCUGGGCCUUCUCUUCCAGUCUAAAGUGCUUGACAUCGAUAACAUAGAUCUAGCGAUGGGUAAGAUGAUGGAUCAGGGCCCGGUACUGAUCAUCACCUUCCAGGCUCAGGUUGUUAUGGUGAUUCGCAGCCCCAAAGGAGAUAUUGUGGAAGGAGAUCCGGAGAAGGUAAUGAGAAUGAUGUAUGUGUGGGCGUUAUGUCGGGACCAAGAAGAGCUGAACCCCAGUGCAGCCUGGAGGCUCCUGGACAUCUCUGCCUCCAGCACUGAGCAGGUCCUCUAAGAGGAGCAGGAGGAGGAGGGGCGCAGGUGAACAACGGUUCAUCUGGGGGUCACAAACUGAGAUACAAACACAUACCUGGAAUACCUGCACAUCCUUUAUACAUUAGCCUGGACAAAGAGAGUGGAUUGAAACCCUGCUGCUGUGUGUGAGAGAGUCCCAUUUGUAUCCUGAGGAUUUAUGUGCAGAUGCACAUAUUUGACCACCCUCUGGCAUAUAGAUCUACUUACCUAUGAAGAUAGCAUAUAUACAUACACAUUCAUUUAAAUUUGUGCAUCCAGUUAUGUGUGCAGUGUUUGGAUUGACUGGAGUGCAAAUAUACUGCAGAACUAAUUAAUUUCAGAAUGGAUGGACCACCCUCUUCACCACCUGCCAGGAGCCUCUAUUAUUUCAUUUUGCUGCAUAGCCCGUCCAUACCGGGCAGCCAUGUGGGCAGAUUGAAAAUGAUCCUGUUAUGUGGGGAAAAAUGCACAUGUAGUCUGUGAUAUCUGUUUGUCUUUAGAGGGAUGUUUUAUACCUAAAUUAGACUUAAUCUUUAUAAAAUACUGGAGCCAGAAGGUGAAAUUGUUGACGGUGGUUGGAAGCUUUGAACCAUGUCUGCACAGGAGGCACAGUGUGAAGAAGAACAGCAGCUUCAGUUCUCCUUUUGUGUCUGCAAAGAAUGGAUUUGGGCACAAUAUUGAGACCAACUCACGAUUACUGUAGUUAGUGCAUGUCUCUUCCAUCAGAUGUUUGCGCAACAGGUGAACCACUGCCGAGUUGCCUCCUGUGUAGACACACUGUUAAGAGUGCUGAACCAGCAGAAAUCAACUAGGUUUAAUAGAUUGAUUAUAUUUUUUCUCAGAGCAGAUUGGCCUUAACGAAUGCUUUAUUUUAGGACUUAAUAUUAAAACAUUAAUUUGUAAAAUCACUAUAAAAACACAGAUGAGAGGAGCUGAAUUGAGCCACAGGGGCUUUAAUGUCUUCAGGCUCAGUGUUUGAAGUGAUUUUUCAUUUUCUGAUGACUUGGAACACCAGCUGUGUUGGUUUCUGCUGCUUUUUACACAAAAAGCUCAAACAAAAAAAAAAAAGAUAAAACGAGCAUAAAACAUGACGUCCACCCUGUCAUGCCGAGGGAAGACCAUAGUGUACUGUGACAAAUUGAGAAAUGGAGAAUCUUUUGUUGCAGAGGGUAAUGCUCCCAGUAAGACGUGUAUCUACUUAUUAGUGCAAGCUUAUAUCAGAUGUUGACAUGCUUAUGAGCCUAAAUGGGGCCACAUUCACCUUUCCAGUCACUGAGGCAGCUUUGUUGUUUGAGGAAUCAUAGGUGUUUCCUCCUGCUUCUUGUUUUUCAGCUGUUUGUCUCCUGAACUGUUUGGUUUACGUUUAUUUAUGUGGCUUUGCAAGAGGUAAAUGUUGAUGAUGAGAACUUGAAUGAGCUUUUUAUUGUACUGACUGCUCUGUAGCUUGACAUGUAUAGAUAUUAUUGUUCAUGUCAGUGAAGAUCACACACAUUCUGAUUGUACUAUAACGCUGUUUCUUUGACAGUUUAAUUCAGUUCAGUUCCUAAUGAAUGUCUUUAAGGUUACCUCUGUGUAAAGAAGCUCCCAGUUUGUGAGCAAAUUCCAUUAAAGGUCAAACUGCAUGAGACAGUUUAUGACUGAUGGUCAGAAGUCAUGCGUAUCUCUGAUGGCCACACCAUGCUCUCCUGUGUCUCGUGAGUAUUGGUUGUGUCAUCAUGUUGUGUAAUCCAUCGCAUGGUUAUAUGGCGUUUUAAAAGAAACACAUGACUGUUGUGUGUUUGUCAUUCCGGGUGACUAAACACUCACCAUAAAAUAUGCACUUUUAUUUAUGAAGUCAAUAAUAGGUGAGAGGGAUCAUAUUUAAACAUUUACUGUUUUCUGUAAGAAAAAAGUGAGAGACUUGCCAUGAAAGUCUCUCGCUUUAUGUCCAAAAAAUCAACUCAUAUUGGAUCACCAUCAGCCAAAUGUGAUCUUUUUUUUUUUUAUGAUCCCCCAUUAGUUGCCAAAAUGUCCAGGGGGAGACGUUCCUCUGAUUUAAUAUCCACACAGCCCACUUUGGAGAAACGUAUUUUUGUCCUUUCAGAUGUGUUAUGUUUACAUAUUAUGUUUGUUCUAUAAUAUGUUUGUUCUAUGCAACAUUUACACCAGUAAUGAUCAUUCAAGUUUUGGGGCGCCACAGGCCGGACUUCACAGCUUUAGUCACGGUGUGUUAUAAAAUCUGUCAUUGUACGUACUGUUUUUAUUUGUUCAGAAUAAAGAUAAAUUCUGAUGGUUCAA